AUGCAGGAUGAUGAUUGGGAUAUAGGUGCGGUAGUAAGAAGCUGUAAUAUUAAUAGAUCUAAUAAUGGUGUGGCUCCUAAGUUAGACUUUGAGACUCAUCUAAAUGAUCUUUUGAAUUCUUUUGACGCACUUUUAGCUCCUAGCAUGACCAUUUUUAAUGGCUUAUCUGAAGUUUUCUCUUUAGAUUUCCCAAAUGCUUACCAGGAAAAAUACGAUGAUCAGGUCAUGAUGAUAAACCAAACUGGUAGCCAACAGUUGUACUUACAUCAAAUUCAACCAUCUCAUUUUAUCGAACAAAUCUCUUUUCCUCCAUUACCAACAACUGUAGCGUGUCAGCAAUCAACAACUAUAACACCAAAAGAAUGGAUUGAUGUACAACAAUUCGAUGUAGGGGCUAAAAGUUAUCCUAAUUUCACUUUUUCCAUGAAGACUCCUUUGAUACAAACUAGAACAAGGAAAAAUCAGUCAAUAAGUAUUACCUAUGAAUUAUUGCAAGAGGAAAUCACAAAUGAUAUAUGGACAUGGCGUAAGUACGGUCAGAAGCAUAUCAAAGAUUCACCAUUUCCAAGGAAUUAUUAUAAGUGCAGCACAUCAAAACUCUGCAAAGCAAAGAAAAAAAUUGAGAAAAGCCCAAUGGAUGAGAAAAUUUUCUUGGUGUCCUAUUCCGAUGAACAUAACCAUGAUCCACCCACGAACCGUAAUAAUCUUGCUAGUUGCAACAGUAAUUACAAAUUCAAGCUUCAAAAAGGCAUAAACAUUGUACCCAAAACACCAACCUUAAGUGAAUCAAACUUUUCAUCCAAGUGCGUUAAGCGUUCAAGUGUUAUUGCUUCUCCAAUUAUCACAACUAUGCCUCAACUUGAUAUAGGGAGCAAAAAUAAAAUGAUUAUUGCGUCUGUGGAGGAAAAAUGUGAUGGUAAAGAAGAGGUGGACAUAGAUGAAGAUACUCUCAUAGAUUUUGAAUAA